CUCCUCGUCUUGGCGAUACCCGCGACGAUUUACGAAUAUCUCCCAUUGUGCGCCAAUCCUUUUCAUCGAGUACGUGCGAUCGUGACGAGAGCGAUAGCGCUGUCAAAAUUAUUUUCGACCGGCUCCUUUUCUCCUUCCCACGGAGUACGCGUUCGACCGUGCGCGACGAUUAUCCGACUUUGAUUCUUUUCCUCGUCGAUUCUUUCGUCUCGAACGCGUCAAAGACUUUCCUCGCCAGACAACGCUUCGUUCGAUCGAUCGCUCUCGCGUCAAUUGGUAUCGUAGAGCGGAUUAAAAGUUUGCUCUUUCGUCUACCGUCCCUUGCGUCCUUUACAUUUCUCAUGCGCGUGCCAAGCGAAUGAAAGAUAGACCGAUCGAGUCGACGUUCGGCAUCGGGUGUAUGGUGAAAGAGGGAUAUACGAUUGGUGCUCUGUCUUUACAGGUGGUUCGAGCGAAAGGAGCCAAGAUGCCGGCUGUUAGAGGCGAUGGCAUGCGAGGUUUAGCCGUCUUUAUUUCGGACAUUAGGAAUUGUAAAAGCAAAGAAGCAGAAAUCAAGAGAAUAAACAAGGAGUUGGCAAAUAUACGUAGCAAGUUCAAAGGAGACAAGACGCUCGACGGCUAUCAGAAGAAGAAAUAUGUGUGCAAGCUGCUGUUCAUUUUCCUGCUCGGUCACGACAUUGAUUUUGGGCACAUGGAAGCGGUUAACUUGCUUUCCUCCAACAAAUAUUCGGAGAAACAAAUCGGUUAUCUUUUUAUAUCAGUUUUAGUAAAUACCAACAGCGAUCUCAUUAAAUUGAUAAUCCAAAGUAUAAAGAACGAUCUUGCGUCCCGCAAUCCAAUCCAUGUAAAUCUUGCGCUGCAAUGCAUCGCCAAUAUCGGCAGCAAAGAGAUGGCAGAGGCAUUUGGGAACGAGAUACCAAAGUUACUCGUCUCUGGGGAUACCAUGGACGUGGUCAAGCAAAGCGCAGCGUUGUGCCUGCUGCGAUUGCUGCGCACUGCCCCGGACGUCGUUCCUAGCGGAGAAUGGACGUCUCGCAUAGUGCAUCUCUUGAACGAUCAGCAUCUCGGGGUCGUGACCGCGGCGGCAUCGCUGAUAGACGCGCUCGUCAAAAGGAAUCCGGACGAGUACAAGGGCUGCGUCAGCCUGGCCGUCUCCAGAUUGAGCAGAAUCGUUACGUCGAAUUAUACGGACCUGCAGGAUUACACUUACUACUUCGUGCCGGCACCGUGGCUGUCGGUAAAAUUAUUGAGAUUGUUGCAAAAUUACACGCCGCCAGCCGAGGAUCCAGGAAUCAGAGGAAGACUGAACGAGUGCCUGGAGACCAUAUUGAACAAGGCCCAAGAACCACCGAAAUCCAAAAAAGUACAACAUUCUAACGCAAAGAACGCGGUUCUCUUCGAGGCUAUUAGUCUAAUUAUUCACAACGACAGCGAACCGAAUCUAUUGGUACGCGCGUGCAAUCAGCUGGGCCAAUUUUUGUCAAAUCGCGAAACGAACCUACGUUAUUUGGCCCUCGAGUCGAUGUGCCAUUUAGCCACGUCGGAGUUCUCUCACGAGGCCGUGAAGAAGCACCAAGAGGUGGUCAUAUUGUCGAUGAAGAUGGAAAAGGACGUGUCCGUGAGGCAGCAAGCGGUGGACCUCUUGUACGCCAUGUGCGACAAGAGCAACGCGGAAGAGAUAGUGCAAGAAAUGUUAAAUUACCUCGAGACUGCGGAUUAUUCCAUCAGAGAGGAAAUGGUUCUCAAGGUAGCGAUUUUAGCUGAGAAAUAUGCUACCGAUUAUACCUGGUACGUUGACGUUAUCCUAAAUCUAAUCAGGAUAGCUGGCGACUAUGUCUCGGAAGAAGUCUGGUAUAGAGUUAUACAGAUCGUAAUUAACAGAGACGACGUGCAAGGAUACGCCGCUAAAACCGUUUUUGAGGCCCUGCAAGCGCCGGCGUGUCACGAGAACAUGGUCAAGGUCGGCGGAUACAUCUUGGGAGAAUUCGGCAAUCUCAUCGCCGGCGAUCAGCGAUCGUCCCCGUCCGUACAAUUUCAGCUGUUACAUUCCAAAUAUCACCUCUGCUCUCCGAUGACGCGGGCUUUGCUACUGUCCACCUACAUCAAGUUCGUCAAUCUCUUCCCCGAGAUACGGACCCAGAUCCAGGACGUGUUCAGGCAACACAGCAACUUGCGUAGCGCCGACGCCGAGCUUCAGCAAAGGGCCUCCGAAUAUCUACAAUUGAGCAUAAUAGCCUCUACGGACGUCUUGGCCACCGUAUUGGAGGAAAUGCCCGCGUUCCCGGAACGGGAGUCCUCGAUUCUCGCCGUUCUGAAGAAGAAGAAACCUGGCCGCGUGCCGGAGAACGAGAUCAGGGAGAGCAAGAGCCCGGCGCCGAACGCCAAUCAUCACGCCGAACCGCCGUCCGUCGCAGCGGUUUCCGCCGUGAACAAUACCUCCGCGGAUCUGUUGGGCUUGUCGACGCCACCUUCGUCGCAGCCGUCCAGCAAUACCGGCGUCCUUUUGGACGUUCUGGGUGACAUAUACAAUAUGCCGAACAAAGUUGGCGCGACGAACGGUACUCAAAACAUGUACAAUCCUAAAAAAUUCGUUUGUAAAAACAACGGGGUGCUCUUCGAGAACGAUUUGAUUCAAAUCGGAGUGAAAUCCGAAUUCCGGCAAAAUCUAGGACGCGUUGGGCUUUUCUACGGCAACAAAACUCAGUACGCGUUGCAUAGUUUUCAACCGCAGCUGUCGUGGUCGGAGGAGAAUCAAGCGAAGUUGGCCGUUCAAGUUAAGCCCGUCGAUCCUGUCCUGGAAGCUGGCGCGCAGAUUCAACAGAUGAUCAAUGCCGAGUGCAUCGACGACUACAGCGAUGCCCCCAGUAUGCUCAUAUCUUUUAUUUACAAUAACGUACCGCAGAAAAUUACGAUGAAGUUACCAUUAACGAUAAACAAAUUCUUCGAACCGACGGAGAUGAACGGAGAGUCUUUCUUCGCACGGUGGAAGAACCUCGGAGGGGCGAAUCAACAACGCUCGCAAAAGAUAUUCAAAGCGCAACAACCGAUGGACUUGGCCCAGGUCCGUACAAAAUUGCAAGGAUUUGGAAUGCAAUUGUUGGACGGGAUCGAUCCGAAUCCCGACAAUUUCGUUUGCGCGGGCAUAGUUCAUAUGAGAGCUCAGCAAGUUGGAUGCUUGUUACGUCUUGAGCCCAAUAAACAGGCGCAGAUGUUCCGAUUAACCGUACGUUCGAGUAAAGAGUCUAUGUCGGUCGAGAUCUGUGACCUGCUAGUGGACCAAUUUUAAUAAGGCCUAGCAGGCGUGCAUGAGCGACGAAAGAAGCUGGUUUAUGGGCGACGUCGCGGGAAGAGCACCGUACUGUUUCUCGCGCCGUACGCCAGAAGAAGCAAAUACUGAUAAUUAAUCGUUAAGAAGCGUGCGUUGUACCCAAGCUUACGGAUAGACCUUUGAUUGCUAUAAUAUCUAUCGCCAACGCGAGGAAAAUGAUGAGCUCUCAAGAGAUAUUUGAUGGCACGAUAACGAGUAAGAUGGUGGGUAAAAGAGAAGAAAAAAAAAAUAUAUAAGUAACGGGGUUUCCUAAACAGCCUAGCGUUAGGACGUAAGAUUACUAUAAACGAGAGAAAACAAAGUCGGAAAGGACAAAACGAAAGUUAAAUGAUAUAAGCCGCAAGUAUCAUUAUACUUUGUGUAUCGUUUCUACGCGACGUUUCCAUCUUAUUAGACUCAGCAUUCCGGCACAGACGUAACGUAUGUACCUUUAGUUUCUAAUACCGCGUGUCGGUUCGUCGUGAACGUUCUCCUCCAACGUUCGAAAUCUUUUCUGGGUCCGAAUUUUCAACCAGCAGAGAAGGAAGAAAGUAAUCAUUAUUCGCAUCCGUGUCUAAUUUCAAUUUUUGUUGUUUUUUUUUUUUUGUUUUUUCAUAUUUCUUUUUUUUGGAAAGCGACCAUUUCCAUGUGUAUCCUGUCUGUCUGUCUGUCUGUCCGUCUGUCCGUCUGCUACUGCUGUGCGCGCGUGCGUGUGUGCGUGGAUGGAUGGGUGUCUCUGCGUGUGUAUGCGCGCGCGCGAGUGACACUCGUGCCGUGCAGAACAAACGAGUACGCGCGGCGUGUGUACGUUUUUUUUAUAUAGCGAGCAUCGAACGAAAUCCGAAUAAUCCCUCGAUAUACGUGUAACGGCAUUGACGCAACAUAUCGGUUCUCACAGCACACGCACUCAUUUGUCACAAGUGCCAUUGUCCGCUGUCCACUCGGUAAAGGUCUUUUCCUUUCUCAUUACGAUUUCUCCCGAGCUUCUUCCCUCUCUCUUUUUAUAUCUCUUUUUCAUCGCUGUGCGCGAUCGUGUCGCGCGCAACGAUUGCUAGAUUUUAGCCCGAUUACCGCGGGCUCCAUGAUAUUAGUGGUCGAUUCAGCUUCAAUAUUCUCCCGCGUUUAAAGGAGCUCGACGAUAAAGAUACCUACGAUCGGUUCGUUUUUCUCCGCUUACUUCCCACAAUUCCCUCCGCUGUCUCCGUUUUAUCCAUUUAAUGGCGCGGGAUAGAUCCGUGUCUGGUAAAUCUCCUGAUUCGUAAGUGAUACAGAAAACGGAUAACGAUCAUGUUGACGUUGAUGACGAUUGUCGGAAACGUAAGAUGCCGUAGCUUUUUGGCGAAUAAUCGAGCGUUGAUGAAUUAGUUAAUUUCCAUGUAAGCAUGACUAUAGAUCGAUCUUUAAUUAAUUUUAACGAGUUUUACGUGAGAUGUAUAUUUCAGUAGUAACAUAUGUAAUGGACGCGCGCGUGUACAUUGUACAGGUGAUAUUUACAAUGCACUUCUAUGCAUACAAAGGGUUGCGUGACCUAUAUAUAUGUACGUGUUAACGAUAUUAUCGAGAGAAGAGAGAAAAGAAGAAAAAGGGAAAAAAAGAAAAGAGCAGCUUUAAGCGGCGUUGAGACAUGAUAUAUAGUUUACGGAAGACGAUAAUCAUUAAUCCAGAUGAUUGUAAAGAUCUAUUCAAUUGUAAAUAAGUAAUUUCCAUUAUAAUAAUUAGAAGCAAUCCGUUAAUGCGGCUGCUUUUCGCGAGACACAGUAGAUCGCAGUACUCGUAGCCUCGAGAGAGACACUCGACUUAAUUUUCUUUUCUUUCUUCUCUCUUUUUUCUUUUCUUUUCUUUUCUUUUCUUUUCUUUUUUUCUCGUUUCUUUGUUCUUUUUUCUUUUUCGUUAGUAUUCACACUCACGUUUUCCCCUCUUUUCUCCUAGUACUUUUCGUACAAAGGCAUUCAAUGCCUUUUGCCUAUAUUUUUUUCUCUUUAUUUAAUCGUAAGUCCACAUUAUUGUACAAUGGUAUACAUACAUAUCUGUUGAAUGUGAAUGUUAACUUAUAAUAUAUUGUCAAAGUUAUUCGGUUAAAUGCGUUUCAUCGUCGGGUCUACGAAUUUUACAGAAUCGAAAAGAUGCCUACAUUCUUACGUAUCACGUCGCGUAGUAAUGUCUUGUUGAAAAAAAAAAGGAAAAAAAAAUGAAAGACAAAAGCCUGUAAAGAAAAAUUUAGAUUUCAAGUGCAAAGGAACGAUAAACAAGUGCAAGGAAAAAGUAAACGACGGAUAUUCGUGGACAAUAAGUAUUACAGGCGAUCUUGCGGAUAGCUUAACUGCGACAAGAGAUUAAAAAAAAAAAAAAGAAAAAAGCAAAAGGACAAACGGAAGAAAGUCCGUUUAUGAAACUGAGAGAUUUAAAAUUGUAUUUUGCGAAAUUCGGGAUACGUCGUAUCCUUCCAAUUAGUAGUAUUCAAUGUGUUAUAUAUGUGUAAAAUAUAUCCAUGCAGAAUCUCAUUACUAA